AUGACGAACCAGCACCCCUCAUUCGGUGGCCAUUUCAACUAUGCUCCCCCGUGGCCUCCCAUCAACCUUCCCACAGCUGCCCAAGAUUCUCGCCUCGAUCCAAACGAUCAUACAUCUACUCAGCCACCUGCAGCGCCUCCGGGUCAAUACCUGGAUGUUAAUCUGGGGAGUGUGCAUGCAAACUCGCGUAUUUCAGGUCCAGGUAACCACGGGGGUCGUGGCUUCUUCCUUCCACCUCAGUUCCCUGUCUUGGGAGAGUUUGACCCGUCACAGCUCCCACCUUUUCCUUUUCCUCCCCCGCCACUACCUCCAGUGGGCCUUCCUAUGCCACCAGGGUCCUUCAAUACUCCGUCGGAACAUGCAAACGUACCUAGGAGUCAUAUUUCCCAGUCAUCGAGAUCGCCAGCUGCGAUGAGGACAUCUACCACGCAACUUGACCCAAAUCGCGAGGAGGGUGAAAUCAGCGAAGAAGAGGCUGGAAUGCCACCUGUUCCGAAAGAAAAUCUGUCCCUUGGUCAGCGAACUAGUUGGAAGUCCCCACACGCAACGGCACAGAAUCCCGAACUAGAAGAAGGCGAAAUGGCAUCAACAUAUAAUCCACCGUCAGACGUCUCGAUGGAUCGAGAUGUGGUCCGUCAUGCAAUUGAGUUGCAACAAAAUGAUGCGCCUAAGGCAAUGGCAACCAUCUCCCAGCCUCACAAGUCGACAGCACAGCUCCGCGUACAAGCUCAGGGAGCUCUGCUCAGUUUGGCCCCUCAUAAUAUACGCUACCAUGAGUUGGUCGCUGAAGGCAUCAACCCAGCUGUUCUUAAGCAGCUAUAUGAAGAAGUUGGCAUCCGAGUUGUAACACCACAGCCUCAACAAGCUCCUGCUGCAACCAAAGCUGCUGUGCAUGCUCCUCAGCAGCCUAUCGCGAAUCCAACUCCCUCUUCGGCAGUUUCUGCGACUGGUGCGACAAGCCCAUUGCCAUCGAACAAGCAAGAGGCGGUUCCAGCAUCUGAAAAGGACAAACUUCCGCAGAAGCCAAGUCUGGAAGCACCCCAACCUUCCGAGCACUCUGGCCAAGCUGCCCCCCAGUCAGACACAGACAAGCCAAUGGAAAGGAAGGAGGUCAUAGCUCGAAUGCUUGCUGCUAAAGCUGCUAAAAAGACGGAGCCCUCGGUGCCAAAGCCAGCACCAACCCCAUCUGUUGGAUGCCCCAACUCGACACCAGCCGUGUCCAAGCAAAGCCAAGCUCCUACCCGCGAGAAGAACAAGGCUCAGACAGAGUUGGCAAGGCAGCGUAUCGAAGAACUCAAAAAGCAGGCAAUGUUUAGGAGUCGACAAAAGGCGCAGGCUAGUCGGCCAGGCAACGCAGUGGAGCAAAACGUCGAAAUAGGCCAGGCCCCCAUAUCAGUAGCUCCAGCGUCAAUCAUUCAGCAUCCACUUCCCGUUCGUCCACCUGUGCCAGAUUCAUCGCCUGCUGCUAUCCCUGGACUUUUCAUGGCCGGGUCGAAGCAGGGCUCUGAUCAUGAGGGAGCCACUGCGCCAGGCCAAGGAGUUGUUGUCGACCCGACCCCGUUACCCCGGGCAGCUCAGCGCAAGCGACCUCGAGCGUCUGAUUUUGACGAACCAUUGGCCGCUCCGAAGAAGCACUUGAGUCACGCGACAGCUCCUCCCAGUGCUGCAGAAAGACUCGUCAUCGACAUCAGUGACGAUGAAUCUCUCUAUUGGGAUGACGAAGAAGACGAUAUGGAUAUAAACUCAAGCCAAGACCAGGAACCGGGGCCAGCAAUUGUGCCAUACCCUGCCAGGCCCUCUCUUCAAAAGAAUCAUUCGGCACCAUCGACUUCCCAGGCACCCUCCCGGGCUGGCGACCAGGAAGGCAUUCGAGAAAAGGAUUUGCAAAUCCAGGAAAUGCAUCGCAAGAUCGCAGAACUUGAGCAAAAGCGCAAGCGAAAGGCUGAGCUCGCCAGUGGAACCCAGUCACCUAAUGCUUUGGAUGAUUCAGGCGCCUCGUCAUCAUCUGCUGGGCAAUCUAAUCCCGCUGAUGUCGAACCUGCUGAUCCCUCCGCUUCAACGCCCAGCUUGCAAGUGGCUCCGACCACCGUUGCCUCCACGUCCAGCGUUGCGAAUCGCCCAGAUCUUAUCAACACUUUCAGUGAUUCAUCUGUGAGGGUCCUGGCUUCAAUGGACCUGGAACAACUCGACUACAUUCGAUCCAAAAUUUUGCGCAUGAAAGCAAUUGAGUCCGGCCUUCCUGGUCUGGAUGCUGAAAUCCAGUCGUCCGAAUCUCGUCUUUCCGUGUGUCGGGCAGAGGCUGAUAAACUGCUGUCUGACAUCACCAAAGGGAAAGAAGGUCGACUCUACCUCGUUGAGGAGUUGAAAAACUUGAGUUACGAAAUCAAUGGUUUGUCUUUGGAAGACCUUGAUGAGCUUCGCCGGCAGGCAGAAGUCAAGGAGCAACAUCUUGCGGCGAAGGAAGAAUCAACGAGUAACCAAUUUUCCUCGGACUCAAGUGAUAUGAGUGUCUCAGAUGCCCUAGGUCCGACAGAUGUUACAAGCACGCUUAACCCGCCACAGCCUGCCGUCAGUCCUGCUGGUACGAUCGCGGUCAACGGCGCCUCUGACGACAUUGAGGAAUCCUCAGAUAUAUCUGAGUCCGAGUCUGACCAGUUCAGACAUGAUGCUUCUGAAUCUGAUGGGUCCGCCAUGGACGAGUCUUCUAGUAGUACCUCUGAGUCUGAUUCCGACGAGGACGAAGAAACUGCUACCUUGGAUACACAAGCCGAGGCGCCGAGCUCUGCUAGCAUAGCAGAGGCCUCAAACAAAGUGGACGCGAACGCCUCGCAUCAUCCGCAUGCCGAAAGUCCCCCAUCCGCAGCCGACGACCACAACAUGGAAGUCGAGUCUUCGGGUCAUGAAGCCGAGCGAUCUCGUGAAUCUUCCGCGGCGUCGGAUGCUUAUGAGCCCCCUGAACCUGUCGCGGACGCAGAAUCCGCAGACUCGGUCUACAGUCCUCCAUUCAGCCCUGCUCCUCUCGGUUCUGUAACAGAUACGGCGAUUCCGGCGACUUCGUUUGGCCUACCCCAAUCUGGUGAAGCACUAACGGAAGCCCCCCAGGUGUCGGGGUCGAAGCCAGGUCUAGAUUCUCAGGUUGGCAUUCUUGGUAGCGAACCACCAUCCACCCGUUCGGAGACGAAAUUCUCUCCUUACGUUAGCCCUCUGCGACUUUUCAAGGCAUAUCGCUUCCACCCAAAUUAUACUGCCGAGGUCCCGGGUGGCUACCGUUCGCUAACAUACAGCCACAACAUCGACCCGAUGAAAUACCUCUGCCCGUAUGAGCUGGCUGGUGUUUGCAAUGACCGCUCCUGCGAGUUCCAACAUUUCCGGGACAUGACUCUCAGCGACGACAAGAUCCUGGUCCAGAUGGGCGCAGUUCGGGAAGGCGAAUCCGAAGAAGAAAAAGAAGUCUAUCGCGCCGGGCUGAAAGAGAUCAUCAACGAGUUGCGACGUGACAAGGUGAAAGACUUUGAAAUUGUGGCCGCCUCGAUAGCCGCAUAUCGUAGGCGCUUCCUUCAAGACCCGACCCGCAUCUUGCCCCUGUAA